AUGCGAGCUAGCCGGUAUCCCCACUGGCAAACUGUGAGACUAACCACUUGGGCACUGAAAACUUUGCCGGUUGAAGAAAUCUUGACGAUUGAAGUUAAACUCGGGUGGAGAAAGGGGACCAAGAUCACUUUCCCAGAAAAAGGAAAUGAGCAACCAAACAUUAUUGCUUUGGAUCUUGUGUUUGUUAUUGACGAGAAACCUCAUCCCGAGUUUACUAGAGACAGUAACGAUUUGGUUGUGACACAAAAGGUGUCACUUGCAGAAGCUUUAACAGGCCACACUGUCCAUCUUACAACACUAGAUGGCAGGGUUCUCAAUAUUCCAAUAAACAAUGUGAUUCAUCCAAACUAUGAAAAGGUGGUCCCUAGGGAAUGGAUGCCGAGUCCUAAAGAUCCUUCAAAGAGGGGUAAUCUUACGAUCAAAUUCCCAACAAGGUUGACUCCAGAGCAGAAAGCCGGAAUUAAGAUACUACUGCCACAUUGA